AUGAAUGUAUCUAAACUAGAGGUUCUGUUCGGUGUGAAGGGAAUGAGAUCGAAGGACUCCUCGGAGCCCAAUGGCUUCAAAUCGAGAUAUCUCAAUACUCUUGAUUCAUCGGUUUCAAGAACUCUCCGCCCGAUGGGCGCCAACUACUUUAUUAAGGCUACGACCCGAUCACCAUCACAUUUGUACUUGGGUACUACUUUCGAGUCUUGA